AUCAAAUCGUUGACUAUCUAUAAAACACAUUCACAUUAUAUCUGUGACUUUUGAUGUAGUUUUUUUUAAGCAUUUCCCACGCUAGUGACAUGACGGCGAGAAAAAAACCGCCAGAAUCCGAGAUUUUGUUGUGCUGUAAAAUUGCGUACGGUGAAUUAACCAUUAUUGUUAAUUAAUUUGUGAUAUAAAUAAUUACGAACAGUAAAACAUAGGUUGUGAUCGGAAAGUGUUAAGUUAUUUUACGUUUUAGUUAAGAAGUGGCAAAAUUUAAAUGUUGGUAACAUUAUUUUGUUAGUGUACAGUUAAUUGAUCUAGCGCGGUAUAUUUUUCAGCGUCUCGAUUUUUGACUUUGUAAAUAUUUGUUAUUUAAUUUUAAGCACGUAUUUGCGAUUAUUCAAAAUAAUUAAUAAAAAGGAAUUUCUAUGCCGAAAUUCGGUGAAGUUAAGUGGAGUAACGUUCGAACGUUGUGGUUAUAAACUAACUUGGGUUUUGUUAUAUACGCUGCAUAAUAAUGUCCAGUGUUAGUUUAGAUAAAGAUACGUUUUUUCGGCGUAUGAACCGAAUUUACAAUGCUUGGACAGAAUCGAAAGAUGAAGGCAUCGGUAAAGUGGAUUGUCUGAUAGCUAUUGUUGGUACAGAUGAAGAUAUAGUUUAUAGCAAGUCGGCUUCAUUACAGAAUUGGUUUUUUGGGUAUGAAUUAACUGAUACCCUAACUGUGUUAACAGAGAAGGCCAUUUACUUUCUCUCAAGUAAAAAGAAAAUAGAUUUCCUACGUCCAAUUGAAAACAAAGAAGAUUCAGGAGUACCAGCAGUGAAACUUCUUGUUCGAGAUAGGAAUGACAAGGAUAAAUCCAAUUACGAAAAAAUUAUAGAGGGUAUAAAAAACUCAAAGAAAGGGAAAUGUAUUGGUAUUUUUCCUAAGGAGAAUUAUAAAGGAGAGUUCUGUGAAGGAUGGAAAGCAGCUUUGAAAAAGCAUGAUUUUGAGAAUGUUGACAUCAGCACAAGCAUUGGUUAUUUGCUGAGUCCAAAAGAGGAUUCAGAAACUCAUAUAAUCAAGAAAGCAUGUGCAAUUUCAGUGGAAAUAUUCACUAAAUAUUUGAAAGACCAAAUAAUGGAUAUAAUAGAUUCUGAUAAGAAAGUUAAACAUUCAAAACUCGCUGAAGGUGUGGAAGGUGCAGUUUCUGAUAAGAAGUACCUUUUAGGUGUUGAUCUGAAUCAAGUUGACAUGUGUUAUCCGCCUAUUAUUCAAUCUGGAGGAAACUAUAAUCUUAAGUUUAGUGUCGUCAGUGAUAAAAAUCAUUUACACUUUGGUGCUAUAGUUUGUUCCUUGGGUGUGCGCUAUAAAUCUUAUUGUUCAAAUAUAGUGCGGACAGUACUAGUUAAUCCUACACAAGAAAUACAAAACAAUUAUGAGUUUUUAGUUUCUUUAGAAGAGGAGUUACUUAAGAGAAUGGUUGUAGGAUCUAAGCUGUCUGAGGUUUAUGAAGCCGGUGUGUCAUUUACACAGAAAGAAAAACCUAAAUUACUAGACAAUUUGACAAAAUCAUUUGGGUUUGCAAUGGGUUUAGAAUUUCGAGAAUCAUCUUUACCUAUUGGUCCAAAAAGUACAGCAGCAUUGAAAAAAGGCAUGGUAUUUAAUUUGAAUGUUGGCUUAUCAAAACUCACUAAUAAAGAGGCAAAUGAUGAUGAAGGAAAGACAUAUGCUUUAUUUAUUGGUGAUACUGUUAUUGUAAAUGACAAAGAAAGCCCAGCUACAAUCCUUACAGUUUCGAAAAAGAAAAUUAAAAACAUUGCCCUGUUUGUCAAAGAUGAUGAUGAUGAAGAGGAAGAAGAGGAUGAUAAACCUAAGAAACCUGAAAUACUUGGUCGAGGAAAACGUACAGCUGUGAUAGAGUCUAAGCUACGUUCUGAACAUACAAGUGAUGAGAAGCGUAAGCAACAUCAGAAGGAGUUGGCUGUUAUAGUAAAUGCUAAAGCCAAAGAAAGGCUUGCUAAACAAACUGGUGGAAAAGAGGAGGAAAAAGUAAGGAAAUCAACAAUAUCUUACAAAAGUGUAAAUCAAAUGCCAAGAGAACCUGAAGUAAAAGAACUUAAAUUGUUUGUAGAUAAAAAGUAUGAAACUGUUAUUCUUCCUGUUUUUGGAUUAAAUGUACCAUUCCACAUUUCUACAAUAAAAAACAUAUCACAAUCAGUGGAAGGAGAUUACACAUAUUUACGUAUAAACUUUUUUCAUCCUGGUGCUACAAUGGGUAGAAAUGAAGGUGGCAUGUACCCUCAACCUGAUGCCACAUUUGUAAAGGAAGUUACAUAUAGAAGUACAAACACUAAGGAACCAGGUGAAAUUGCUCCACCAUCUUCUAACCUUAACACUGCGUUUCGCUUGAUUAAGGAAGUCCAGAAAAAAUUUAAAAAUAGGGAAGCUGAAGAGCGUGAGAAGGAGGAUUUAGUAAAACAAGAUACCUUAUUGCUUUCACAGAAUAAGGGCAAUCCCAAGUUGAAAGAUUUAUACAUUCGCCCAAAUAUUGUGACCAAGCGUAUGACUGGCUCAUUAGAAGCGCAUAUGAACGGUUUUAGAUAUACAUCUGUGCGAGGAGAUAAAGUUGAUAUUUUAUACAAUAACAUCAAGAGUGCAUUUUUCCAACCUUGUGAUAGUGAAAUGAUAAUUCUGCUACAUUUUCAUUUGAAGCAUGCUAUUAUGUUUGGUAAAAAGAAGCAUGUGGAUGUGCAGUUCUAUACAGAGGUUGGUGAAAUUACAACCGAUUUAGGUAAACAUCAGCAUAUGCACGAUAGAGAUGAUUUGGCUGCAGAACAAUCAGAAAGGGAAUUAAGACACAAGCUUAAAACAGCAUUCAAAAGCUUUUGUGAAAAGGUUGAAGGAAUGACUAAACAAGAAAUAGAAUUUGAUACUCCAUUUAGGGAAUUAGGUUUCCCAGGUGCACCAUUCCGUAGCACAGUAUUAUUACAACCAACAAGCGGAAGUUUAGUGAACUUAACAGAGUGGCCUCCAUUUGUAAUAACUUUAGAAGACGUUGAACUAGUUCACUUUGAAAGAGUUCAAUUUCACUUGAAAAACUUUGACAUGAUAUUUGUCUUCAAAGAUUACCAUAAAAAGGUAUCGAUGGUAAAUGCAAUACCAAUGAAUCUGCUGGAUCAUGUGAAAGAAUGGUUAAAUUCUUGUGACAUACGAUAUUCUGAAGGAGUCCAGUCUCUAAAUUGGACCAAAAUUAUGAAAACUAUAACCGAUGAUCCUGAAGGUUUCUUCGAUUCUGGUGGAUGGACAUUCUUGGAUCCAGAAUCAGAUGAUGAGAACGGUGAAGUAGCUGAAGAGGAAUCUGAAGAGGAUGAUGCUUACGAACCAACAGACAUUGAGUCUGAUGAAGAAUCAGAUGAUGAUUCAGAAUACAGUGAAGCGUCCGAAGAUGACAGUGAUGAAAGUGAAGAUCUAGGAAGUGAUGAAGAGUCUGGGAAAGAUUGGUCAGAUUUAGAGCGUGAAGCAGCUGAAGAAGAUGAGGAGCGCGGUCAGUAUGCUCAAGAAGAUUAUUCUAAAAAAAGUAAUAAGAGAGGACGUGAUUAUGAUGAACGACACUCCAGUAAACAUAAGCAUAGUAAUAAACAUAGCUCUCCUUCCAAGAACAAGCACAAUAGCAGUAGUAGUCCAUCGAAAAGUAAAGACAAACAUCACAAGUCUUCUAGUGGUGAUAAGCAUAGAUCUUCAAAUGGAGAUAAGCAUCAUAAAUCCAGUAGUGAUAAACACCAUAAAUCUUCUAGCGACAGAAAAAGAUCAAGGGAAGAAAGUCAUGAUAGGAGUAAUCACAAAAGCCCCAAAAAAUCUCGAAAAUAAUAAUGAAUGGUGAAAUGCUUAUUUUGAACCUAAUGCUCCUACACUGUAAUAUAUUUCAAGUGGAUCACAACUAUUUUCUAUUUUUGUAUAAUAAUUUGUAUACCAACAUAAAUUCGUUACCAUAGAAAUACACAUAAAAUGCUGUUUUCAAAAAAGUAAUCAAUAUCAGCAACUUUAUAUAUAACUGGUAAGAUGUAUGUAUUGUGUAACUUAAUUGUCAUAUUUAUGAAAUGAACUUGGCUAAAAAUAAAAAUGGAUGCUUAUUCUGAUUCUGAUGAAGAUGAUUGUGAGAG